UGGGCCACCAGAAGGCAGUGUAAACCCCCUGGCCCCAGGGCCCUCUGGUGGCACCAGGGCAUUCGGCUCAUUUCCUCUGGCAGUAAUUCAGCCUUGACUUAUUGAUUACUUAUUUGAAUGACUAUGACUAGAAACCGUGUUCUGCUCAUAUAGCUGUCAAAAACUAGGACUAUUAGGACUGACCUGUCAUGGUAGGUAAUUGGCCGGCUUUAAAUACAAUAGGGCAGAUGGUAUUGGAUACUUUGCGCAGGAAGCGAAAGGGCCCAUUGGAUUUUAAGGUAUGGAUUUGGAUUUUAAGGUGGAUUUCAGGACAUGGCGCCUUGGUGCAAGCUCCACAGGGAGUGACCUUGCCUCUUGACUAGCAAGCAAGCCUCUCCAGCGAGCCGAGGCGCCUCCUCAGCACCGCAGGCUCUGCGUUGCGUCGUUUCCGAUUUCCGAAACGCGCCACUCGCUCGGUGUUAACAUCAACACUGCACUAUUAUAGUCACACAAUUUUGAUUAUUUACGCUGGCAUUUUUUUAAGAAUCUUUAAAAACCCAAUCGUCAGCGCGUUGUGGUCACAUGGAGCUGGGUUUGUGAUAUUCUGGACCAUCUGCAUCACCGGAUCCUAAUGCAUGAUAAACAGCAAGGCAGCAGAGACCAGCUGCGGGCUGCGCGCACCGAGAGACCCAGCGGUCUGAAACUAUGCCACUGAGUCGUAAAAAUAAGUGUGUGAGGAACAUUAGUCCGUGAAUGCAUCGAGGACCGAGUCCUAACCCGGGGAUUGAGGUUCGAGGACAGAGUCCCGGGGAUCCAGGGACCCGGGGAUGCUGCGCCGGAGGAUGGGGUACUCGGACCCCACGUCGAGUAAGGACCUGCUCGGCAAUAGGUCUCUUUGUUUUAUCUUUAUCUGUGCAUUUGGACUGGUCACUCUAUUGCAACAAAUACUCUAUGGAAAAAACUACAUUAAGAGUGCACAACAGUUUAGCCGACUCAAAGGCGACGAAACGGGGAAUUGGAGCGGUCCCAUUAAUUUCUCGGAUGACGGAUCUCUGAAGCCGGCCAGAAAUGGGAAGAAAAGAUGUUUCCGUCAGAAUUUUCAGCCUGAUUCACAGAGCUCCAUAAUAGUCGCACCCUGCCUAGCUGAUAUUAAGAAGAAAAAAAAACGCUCUCACAGGUAUUUGGACUCCUACAAAGGGGCCUAUGAAUACAACUCCACUGCCUGCAAAGAGUUCAGGCAGGACAUUAUGGACGUUAAGGUCCUGACAAUGGUGAAAACUUCAGAUCUCUUUGAGAGGUGGAGAAACCUGCAGGUUUGCACGUGGGAACAGAAUAAAAUAGAGACUGACAACUUCAAGGCGUCUCUGUCCCGGUGCUGCAAUGCUCCCUCCUUCCUGUUCACCACCAAGAGGAACACGCCUGCAGGGGCCAAGCUGAGGUACGAGGUGGACACCAGCGGCAUCCUGCCCGUCACAACCGAGGUCUUCAAGAUGUUCCCAGAUGAUAUGCCAUACAACAAAUCCCAAUAUAAGAAAUGCGCUGUCAUUGGAAAUGGAGGCAUCAUCAAGAACAGCAAAUGUGGGAAAGAGAUCGACUCAGCAGACUUUGUAUUCAGAUGCAAUAUACCACCUAUCAACGAUAAGUACUCAGCUGAUGUCGGCACUAAAACGGAUCUUGUGACAAUUAAUCCAAGCAUAAUUACAGAGAGGUUCCAGAAGCUGGAGAAGUGGCGGCGGCCGUUCUACGAGGUCCUCCAGAACUACGAGAACUCCUCGGUGGUGCUGCCGGCGUUCUACAACACCCGCAACACCGAUGUCUCCUUCCGCGUCAAGUACAUGCUGGACGACUUUGACUCCCAGCGUGGCGUGUUCUUCUUCCACCCCCAGUACCUGCUCAACGUGCAGCGCUUCUGGGCGGUGCAGGGCGUGCGGGCCAAGCGCCUCAGCAGCGGGCUGAUGCUGGUGACCGCCGCCCUGGAGAUGUGCGAGGAGGUCCACCUCUACGGCUUCUGGGCCUUCCCCAUGAACCCCUUAGGCAUCUACAUCACUCACCACUACUACGACAAUGUCAAGCCACGGCCCGGCUUCCACGCCAUGCCCCACGAGAUCUUUAACUUCCUGCACAUGCACACGCGCGGGAUCGUCAACGUGCAUACGGGGCAAUGCAGGUGAUCGCCCCCGACAACCGGCCCACAAAGGCUGUUCCACAUCCACUGAGGGACUCGCUUUACACCUUGUUGUGGAGGAGUUCCAGCUUUACCUUUUUAAUGGGAGAUUUUGGUAACACUUUAUGAUAACAGUAAUUAGUCAUUUAUAAGCCUUUAGUAACUGAUGAACAUUUAUAUUCAUUGUAGAUGAUUGAUAAGUGCUAUCUUAAAGGUCCCAUAUUUUACCACUAGAUGUGAUCUUGACUCUCCAUUACACGCCAUGUCAAAACUGACCCUCUAGAGACUUAUAGAUACAUGGACAGAUGAUCUAUCUAUCACACACCUGUGUGGAAACCAAUACCUGUGAUGUCCCUAGAGGGUCGAUUUGACACGGAUUGUAAUGGCUGAUCAACAUCACACCUGCCAGUAGAAUAAAAAUCCUUUAACAUAGUACUUAUUAAUCAUCUACAAAUGUAUGUUCAUAUUUUGCUAAUGAUUAUUUAAUCCUUAACUAAAGGCUUGCAAAUUACUUAAGACGUUAUUCUAAAGUGUCACUAAGAUUUUUAAGUGGUGUUUACUUUUAAAAGAUGAUUGACAUGGAGUCUGUCCUUUUUUUAAAACCAUUUAGUACAUUUAUGUGAAGGAUGGGGGGGAUUUUGGAGGAGGUUAUGCAUGUAAGAAAGCUCCAGGGGGAUUACAUUUGAGGACAGUUACGGUACAUGUGCCAUCUCAGUGGCAAAAUGCAACACUACCUCUAAUAAUAAAUCCUUCAGAUCUAUUUUUGCUAACUAGCAAGCUGGUUCAGUGUUAGCAACCUAACUGUUAAAAGAAACUGAUUACCUCUGGAGCCUUCGUUUUAUGUUGUAGUUAACAUUUCCAUUUCAUUGUCAAAUUUGCUUGCUUUGAUGCCAAACUAUGUUAGUUCUCAACUUUGAUGUGUACCUUUAACUUGCUCACAUUACAAGUCGUUGAUUCUCUCUUCUUCUAAACCAUGAGUUGCUUGUUUUUAUUGUCAUACGUGGUCUUCCAAGUGAUUGUCGUCGUUUCUCGUGACGUUUUCAAGUGAACUUUUCCAAUGGCUAAUUUGUAGCCUGACAAUGCCAGUCCAAUACGCAAAUGUGUACUCUCAGUUCCUUUUCGAUUUCCAAAGGGAGUUAUCAACAGACAAACACCAAUAUGCCUCCGGAUGUAAUUGGAUAGAUCUACAACCAAUCAGAGCAACCAAUCGUGGGACAAAUUAUCGGUAGCCAUCUUGGUUGCUUAUGAAAAUGCUCUAAAAGGCACUGAAACCCGCCCCUUAUAGAUAAACGGUUGUGCAGUCUGCUGGAAAUCUGUCUGAACAGGAGUGGGGCCAGGCGCAUAUGCCAGAGCAAAUAAAACAUGAGCUUGCAUAUGCGUCCGGUUCCCGGGCUUGCAAAGUUUUAUACCGUUGUACAGGAGUAUUGCUUUGUACUUGACAAUGCACAAAUAUCUGCUCUAAAAUCCGGACCCUUGUUGGGGUCUUGCUCCUUCUAUCCCCUCUCUGAGACAUCAGCCCCCCCUGUGUUCCACAUGUUAGCUGUCUCCACAUGGAACAGAUGUGGCAGCUUUUAAUAAAUUUGUGUAAUUUACUGAUAGGGUUAGUAUUGCCAAUCCAACAAUUUACAAAAGAUGUAACGUAUGGUUUCCUAAUUUAUUAAAUAUAAAAUGGUUAACUGGAACAGCAUAUUUUCAAAAGCUGAUCUUCUCUUGAAAUGACCAGGUAAUGUUCUCAAAUAUUCCUGGCGUAAGAUUGAGUAUUUUAAGGCGUAAGUCGUAGUUUUGGACAAAAGCCGAGCAAAUGUUUUUUUAUAACAUUAAGAGAACAAAUCUUUGACUUCCUAUCGCCAAUCCGAUCUGUUUCUCCCUCCAUACAGCACUGGAGAAAGAUAACAACGAAUGAAGGCCACACACUGUGGCUAUAUGGCUUAUUUGAUCCCAUCUCUUGCUGUCCUCCAUGUCUUAAGCCAUACUGCCUUAUGAGAAAUCAACCCUUUUUCUGAUGCGCACUUCACCCACGUGGAUCGCAUACCUAAUGUACAUUACUGUAGAUCCAGCUCUUUUCCACACUUUUUAAACUUAAAAUCGUAGAAUCUCUAAGAGAUCGCAGUGCACAGCAUUUAUUGUGCAUUUUGUUUUGGAAUUGCUCUAUCCCCCUGUAAAAUACAAUUCCAUGCAUAACGAUGUAAUGCUGUGCAUGUUUGUACUCUAUGGCCUACUCAGCUUUGUGUGUGUCUGCUUCAAUGAAUCACUGAGAUAUGUUCACACAUAGGCUCCGCAUCUACUAAUAUCACAGGGGGCUUUUGGAUGUGGACAAAUGUUAUCACUUCAAGCAAUGACUUCUUUCGGAGCAGUAUUGUGUAUCAGUGGUGGUGAUUCGAUUGACUCGAUGGAUUGAUUGGAUGACGAUGGCUCUUGGGCCAUUCAUCAUGUGAUGGAAUUCUCUCUAACUAUUGUUGCCUCACCUUAUUUCACCUGCUGCAAUGCAUUUGCAUGUAUUCUAAGAAGCGCCCGGAAGUGGAGCAUUUGGGAUUGUCUUAUCUUAACUUAUUUGUAUUCCAGGAGUGAUUCUUCGACUCUUGAAAUGAUGUAUAAUGCUUGGUCCUCUCUACUUUGUGUAUCAGACACAGAUCAUGACAAAGAGUCUUCUCUACUUCGUGAGUUUUUGGAUGGACUUCACGGUACAAAUUGCUUCCUUUAUAAAUCACAGUGAAGUCGUUUAAGGUCAACAGGUAUGAGCACAUGAGAAACAGAAAUAUUAGGAUUUUCUAAUCACUUUAUGGUUCAUUGUGUAAAAUACUCAGCAAUGAUAAUAAAAAGAACAAUAAUUGAUUACAAGAGAACUAGUCUGAAUUAAAGGGAAUAGAUAACACAGUGCUUUUUAACAAGAAUGUAGAUCUUUCUUUAUUGUGUUUGUAAAUAAACUGGUUUUGAUUUUC